GUUAAUUAUUAAAAUUAUGGGGGAUAACUCCUCUUCUGUCAGAUCGCCCGAGUUCACUAGUUGUAAUCAGUUUUGGGAAUAGAUAACUAAAAAAUUAUCUAGAUAAGAUAAGAUAAUUUUAACAAAAUAUUAUCUAGAUAAAAAUGGGUAAUAUACGAUUCCGAACGGAACGAUUGCGAACGGACCUUUUCCGGUAACACGAUUGCGAACGUUUUUACCUGCCUUUAAUCGUGCGGUGUUGUCAGAUUUGGUGUUAGUCAAUAACAAAUUUUUAAAUGCCCGAAUGCCUCAGCCUUGAAGAAGGUCAUGUAUUUACAGACUAUUUAGUAUCGACAUAUAUUCCACCUGAUGCAUUAUUUCCAUCAUAUCUUUGGGCACAAGAACCUUCAGUAAAUCCAAGAACUAACAAUGGCCCAGAGAGCUUUCAUAGGACGUACAAUGGUCAGUUUUAUAGCCCCCAUCCUCCAACACACGUCGUGAUAUCAGUUUUAAAAGAAACACAAGCUCAAAAUUUGACAAUAAUAAAUUCAAUUAAAAACAACGUAUAUAAUCCGAUGGCCAAAAAAGAUAAAUCUAAAAUUGAAUUAACAUUACAAAAUAAUAAUGAUUAUAAAAUACACAAGGAUCUAAUUUUAUAUUUAAGAAAAACUGGAAAUUCCUACCAGGGAAAAAAUUUAAAAAACUUUUAA